AUGGGUUGCACAUCGUCAAAACUCGCCGACCCUUCAGCCGAUGACCACCCAGCCGCUACUCUUUCUAAGCGCCUGGACGAAAUCGGCGAGGCGACGGAGUUGGAAUGGGCCUGCCGGCCAACAUGGGGCCAGUACAUGGCCUACCUCUACGAGCAGGCCAAGUCCGCCGGUGGCAGCACCAAGAAGCUCCGCGCAAACUUUGAGCAGGUCGUCAACGCCACCGCGCUCGACUUUUUGAAGACGGAGUACCCGGAGUCCGCCGCGGCCGGCACCACCGAGGACCUGCACUACGACGAGGGUCCGUACGGCAGCGGCGAAGCGGCGGUGGUGCGGACGAAGCUGUGGUUGACGCUGGACGAAGGCUUCAACGGCAUCGCGUACGCGUACACGCUGGUGGUGCACAGCCCGAUGGCGUGGCAGAGCGUCGCCGACGCUGACGGGGCCGGGCUGCCGGCGCGCGUCGCGGCGUCGCCGCAGAUGAAGCUCGCGCAGCGGUACAUGUCCUCCAUUGUCGGCACGAUGGACAAGCAGCAGGGCGCCAAUGUCAGACACGCCAUCAUCAACAUCGUCAUUGGCUCAGUGAUGGUCUCCGCGCGCUACAAGCCUCACAACGUGACCCCCAGCCUCGCCCUGAUCAGCGAGAACGACGGCCCGGAGCUCCGGCAGCCGACCGACGUGGAAAAGACAGAGCCGUCGUCCCAUCCGCAGCGGCUCUUCCGAUCGCACCUGUUCGUGUCCGUGCUCGCGACCCUCGAGGCGGACUACCCAGGCUGCACCGUCUGGGACGCCGGCGCGAUGCCCUUCCGCGUCGACGAGCAGCCGUACGCGCAUCCCGCGCGCCUGCUCGUCUGCCGCGACUACGAGAAGCGCAACAAGGACGUGGACACGCUCGACUUCAAAGUCGAGCGCCCCGACGACGACUCCACCGUCGCGACGCUCGUCCGCGCGCGCGACCCCGCGGAGGACCCCGGCGGCGUCAUCUGCCUCGCCGUCGUCAUCACCGUCGACCCGGAGGACCCGUGGCCGCGGCGCGAUCAUGACCGGCACCGCGCCGUCAUCGACGCCGCGCUCGAGCACGCCUCCAAGCACGGCCUGCUGAUGGCGCUGCUGCGCGGCUUCGACGCGCGCUGCGCGCUGCGCGUCUGGGCCGGCCAGGACUCGCGCCGCUACACGCUCGUCGCGCCGCACCCCAAGGGCAGCACCGCCGAGCACGCGCGCCAGUUCUCCGAGCUCGUCUUUGGCGGGCCCAUCGAGCCGCCGCUGCGCCCCCCCGAGCCCGCGGCGGACGUGGCGGGCCUGGAGGAGGAGUUUGGCGUCAAGGUGUCGCGGAAGCAGGGGCACCGCCUGUGGGCGUCGGAGAGCCAGUUCCGGGGCGCGCGGCACGCGAUGCGGGAGCGCGCCAAGGCCGACCCGGCGCGCUACGAGCAGUUCAGCAUCCUCGCGGGCUACGAGAGCGCGGCGACGUUCAUGGCGCGCAACUUCGGCGACGCCGUGGUCGGCGACGAGGGGGAGCUGCCGCAGCCGGAAGGCGUGGCCAGGUUGGAGAACACAAAGGUGCUGGUGGCGAGGGAUCCGCGGCAGGAGCCGAGCAGCGUGGUCGCGGUGCUGGUGGCCGCGCCGUGCCCGGUGCCGGGGCGCGGCACCAUGUUUGAGGGCGGGGGAAGUACGUGGCUCGCGACGCCCGAGAUGAAGCGCGCCGAGGAGGCCCUGCUGGCGCUGCUGAAGCGGUGGCACAAGCAGGGCAAGGUAUCGACGGUGGACUGCUUCGCGCAGGUAAUGAUGGGCGUGGACGCCAGCAUCUACCAGUUCGUCGAUGGUGACAAGUUCGUCGACUACUCGGAAGAGCGCAUGAAGCAGCUGCAGUGGCAGUGA